GUAUGUUUUAGUUGAUACACCAAUACGGAAGUCGUCUCGUCCAUAGUAAACUUUUAUUUCUAUGGACAAGUUAAGACCUUAUAGUUGCACACAAUGAAACUUAAAGAAUUGGAAAGUUGUCUACAACAAGUGGAUACGUUUGAAAAGCCCAAAAUCCUUCUGGAGCAAUAUCCAACGAGUGCACAUAUUGCUGCGUGCAUGCUUUACACGAUACACAACACGUUUGAUGAUAUUGAGGCUAAACUCGUGGCAGACUUGGGAUGUGGCUGUGGGGUUCUCAGCAUCGGUGCGGCGAUGCUUGAAGCAGGGUUAUGCGUCGGUUUCGACAUUGACAACGACGCGUUGGACAUUUUCAAAAGAAAUGCCGAUGAAUUUGAGCUUUCCAACGUUGAUCUGGUCCAGUGUGAUUUGUGUUCAUUGAGGGAAGAAGACUUAAACAACUCUUUUGACACUGUCAUCAUGAAUCCCCCUUUUGGAACAAAACACAACCAGGGUAUGGACAUGAAGUUUUUAAGAGCUGCUAUAACAAUGGCAAAUACCGCUGUGUAUUCACUCCAUAAAACAACAACACGUGAGCACAUACAAAAGAAGGCCAAUGACUGGGGAGUGAAGAUGGAAGUCAUUGCAGAACUGAGAUACGACUUGCCAGCUUCUUACAAGUUUCACAAAAAGAAAUCGGUGAGUUUAAAUGCUCUUCACACUCUUUUCCCAUCUGGACAGCUGCUUAGCAGGUACAUUAAAACUGCCAACUUGUUAUGCAUGGUUUGUUUGCAAUUCACAAUGAAAAACGUAAAAAAUUGCAACGCUUUAUUUCAUAAUGUAGGGAAUCUACAAGAAAAAAAAAUAGUGGCAGAUUCUUGUCACACGAGGAGUCUUAAAAAAACCAACACAAAUGUUCUGUUCAAAAUAAAAUUAUAAUCUGAGAGCAGAAAGUUAUACAUAAUAAAAGUCAAAAUUGUCUAAAGAGAAACAUAGGUGCAUUAAUGGACAUGAAAAGCAAAAAACUGACACCAAGCUUUGCAAAUUGUUCUCUAGGUCGACAUUCAGGUGGACUUUCUACGGUUCUCCAAGGCCUGAAGAUUUUGAUUGGAAUGGACUUGUUUGCCUCUGUAUAGAAUAAAUGUUUUCUCCAAAAGAAA